CACACCCAGAUGCUGUGGCAGCUGGUUCUUAAGCCUUCCUCCUUGGGCUCCAUUUUCAACUUCCUCAGCCAGAUGGAGUUAGACUCUCUGGUCUCCUCUAGGUGGGUAAACACAUCUAUGACCAUUCAUUCUCCCAUAGGCACACAUGCACACACUCUCUCUCCCAUUCACAUCCACAUACUAACAACAAAAACGAAUGUAUGAAAUUAACGUCAAGCUGAAUUUGGCUCCAACACCACCUUUAUUGUCAUUACACAGAGUCCAAGUAUAAAGACAAAUGCAGUUGAGCACGUAACUGCAAGUGCAAAAGAAGCAGUAAAAGUACAUCAUGAGCAGUUUGGGUGUCUACAGUAUGACACGGUAUAAACAGUACUAAGUGGUGUGAUCACAUUAAGUACAUAAAUGAAGAGGGUGGAAGACAAAAGUAACUUUAAGGUAUGCCCUCCAGUUUGUUGGCCAACAUAUCCCAUCAUAACUGUUCUUUUACCAAGAUGUUGAUCUAACCAUACUGAAGAACCACAAGUCAAACAAGUCAGAAUUCAUGAAAAACAUAGUCAAGGCCCAUAUUGAAGAAGAAUAGGGUUCUCAUAUCCAAAAUUUACACAGACGGAUCUAACAGCCCUGAUAAUGAUAAAGUCGCUGUUGGUUUAUUCUUUCCAGAUUUCAAGAUCAGAAAAGGCUUUAGAAUUCCAGAUGGCAUAACAGUAUUCACUGCAGAGAUAUCAGGGAUCAUAUUGGCACUUUGCUGGGUGAUGGACAACAAACUGGUCAAGUCAGUCAUAUGUAGCGAUUCAUCAGCCAUGUUAACAUCAAUAAAAAAAAAAAAAGCUAACUUCAAAUUCAGACUCGAUAUUCUAUUAGAAAUAUUUCAAGCACUGUUUCAAAUUCACAGAGCAGAGUGUGAGGUGGGUUUUAUUUGAGUUCCAGCACAUAUGGGUGUGGAGGGCAAUGAGGAAGCAGAUAGCUUGGCACAAAGAGCAACCAAGGAGGAAAGAAUAGAAUAAACAUGGGAGUCUAGGAGCAGCUGGAUGAACUGCUUUUGAUCUUUGCUUUCUUCUUUACAUGGAGGAGUGGACAAAUAUGAAGAAACUUCUGAACUUUCUCAUAACCACAGGACUAGCUCAGAAAAUACAGAGGAUGAAUGACGUCCAGUAGGUGGCAGCAAUACGCCAGUGAUGCGUCUAUUCUGCCUAAUUCAAGGAGGAAGAAGAAAGUUACUUAGUGUUUCUGCCGGAGCUUCACAGUGUGACACCUGGCGGAUGUAAACAAAGAAGCAUGAGCAGAGUUAGCUUUACUGCUGUGUGGACUGAGCUAUGAAACGGCUGUAUUAUAGUAUCAUUGAGAAAUAUUAGUGUUAAAGUAACGAUGUGUUCAGUUGAGUAUCUGAGAGAGUUGAUCAGGGACAGACUAACUGCUGCUGCUGGAGAAAUAUUCACAGAGUUUGAAAAAACCAUCGUCCAGUACCAGGAGGAGAUCGAUCGUCAGCGCAGACUGCUGGAUGUCAUCUGGAAACCACACAUCCCCUUACAAUCCAUAGAGCUCCCACAGUCUUAUGUCUGUGAGAAUGAGAAGACUCUCAUUGACCAUCAGCCCCAUGAACAGGAGAGAAACUCCAUGGUGGACCAUGAUGACCCAGAGCCUCCACAGAUUAAUGACCAGCAGGAGAAACUCUGCACCAGUCUGGACCAAUCAAAACCCAAGCUUCCUGAAAUCAAAAGGGAACAGGGAGAAUUCUGCACCAAUCGGAACCAGUCAAACCCAGAGCUUCCUCACAUGAAAAAGGAACAGGAUGAACUCUGCACCAGUCUGGGCCAAUCAUACCCAGGGUUUCCACAAAUUAAAAAGGAACAUGAGGAACUCUGCUCCAGUCAGGAGGAAGAGCAACUUGGAUUGAAACAGGAGACUGAUACCUUUGUGGUGACUCCUGCUUAUGAGGAAAGUGACCACAGUGAACCAAAAUCAAACACUGAUCAGCUCCUAUUUCACAUCUCUUGUGCAGCAGGGAGCCCAGAUCAGGAAGGAAGCAAAGAUGUAGACUCAGGAUCAACUAGCUGUAUCAAGCUGAAGCCAAGACAUCACAGUAACAGUCACAGCAAUGAUGUAGACCAUGUUCCAACGUCAGAGAGACAGCAUGAUAAUGACAAGGCAACAAAAUCUCUAACAUGCGAGAUUUGUGGAAAAACCUUUAGGUAUAAGUCAGAAUUAAAGAGACAUCACAGAACCCACACAGGUGAGAAGCCAUAUUCUUGUGAAACCUGUGGAAAACGCUUAAGUCACAUGACUGCCCACAUGAGAUGUCACACAGGUGAGAAACCAUAUGUUUGUAACACCUGUGGUAAAAGAUUUUCUCACUCAUCAGCACAUAAUAGGCACAUGGCAAUUCACAAAGAGGAAAAGCCAUAUUCUUGUGGAACCUGUGGAAAAAGCUUUAGUCAACGGGCCCAUUUGACUGCCCACAUGAGAUGUCACACAGGUGAGAAGCCAUAUUCUUGUGGCACCUGUGGAAGAAGCUUCAGUCAACAGACCCAUUUGACUGGCCACAUGAGAUGUCACACAGGUGAGAGGCCGUAUUCUUGUGGCACCUGUGGAAAAAGCUUCAGUCGACGGACCCAUUUGACUGCCCACAUGAGAUGCCACACAGGUGAGAAGCCAUAUGUUUGUAACACCUGCGGAAAAAGAUUUUCUGACUCAUCAGCACAUAAUAGGCACAUGACAAUUCACAAUAUUGGAAAGCCGUAUUCUUGUGGAACCUGUGGAAAAAGCUUCAUUCAACGUUCCCAUUUGACUGCCCACAUGAGAUGUCACACAGGUGAGAAGCCGUAUUCUUGUAGUACAUGUGGAAAAAGCUUCAGUCAACGGGGCUCUUUGACUGUCCACUUGAGAUAUCACACAGGUGAAAAGCCGUAUGUUUGUAACACCUGUGGAAAAAGGUUCAUUCAACGGGGUGCUUUGACUGUCCACUUGAGAUGUCACACAGGUGAGAAGCCGUAUUCCUGUGGAACCUGUGGAAAAAGCUUCUGUCAUAGUCAUCGAUUGAAAACCCACAUGAGAAUCCACACAGAGCUCCCACAGUCUUAUGUGUGUGAGAAUGAGAAGACUGUCAUUGACCAUCAGCCCCAUGACCAGGAGAGAAACUCCAUGGUGGACCAUGAUGACCCAGAGCCUCCACUGAUUAAUGACCAGCAGGAUGAACUCUGCACCAGUGUGGACCAAUCAAAUCCAGAAUUUCCUCAAAUUAAAAAGGAACAGGAGAAACUCUGCUCCAGUCAGGAGGAUGAGAUACCUGGAUUGAAACAGGAGACUGAUACUUUUUUGGUGACUCCUGCUUAUGAAGAAAAUUACCACAAUGAACCAAAACUGAACAGUGAUCAGCUCUCUUCUCCAGCUGAGAGCUCAGAUCAGGAAGGAAGCAAGGAUGUAGACUCAAGAUCAACUAGAUAUGUCGAGCUGAAGUCAAUAAAUUACAGUAACAACAGUCACCAUAAUAGUCACAGUCACAGUCAUGAUGUAGACAAUGCUCCAGUGUCAGAGAGACAGUGUGAUAAUGACAAGGCAAAAAAAUCUCAAAUGUGCAAUGUCUGUGGAAAAGCUUUUAGGUAUAAGUCAGAUUUAUCCACACAUCACAGAACCCACACAGGUGAGAAGCCGUAUUCUUGUGAAACAUGUGGAAAAAGCUUCAGUCAACGGGCCUAUUUGACUGCCCACAUGAGACGUCACACAGGUGAAAAACUGUAUGUUUGUAACACCUGUGGAAAAAGAUUUUCUAGCUCAUCACCAUAUUAUAGGCACGUGGCAAUUCACAAAGAAGAAAAAACAUAUUCUUGUGGAAUAUAUGGGAAAUGUUCCUGUCGUCGGGACAACUUGGUGCUCCAUAUGAGAAGUCACACAGAGCUCCCACAGUUGUAUGUCUGUGAGGCUAAGAAGACCGUUGUUGUCCAUCAGCCCCAUGACCAGGAGAGAAACUCCAUGGUGGACCAUGAUGACCCAGAGCCUCCACUGAUUAAAGACCAGCAGGAGGAACUCUGCACCAGUGUGGACCAAUCAAACCCAGUGCGUCCACUAAUUAAAACGGAACAGGAGAAAAUCUGCUCCAGUCAGGAGGAAGAGCAACUUGGAUUGAAAUGGGAGACUGAUACCUUUGUGGUGACUCCUGUUUAUGAGGAAAGUGACCACAGUGAACAAAAACUGAACAGUGAUCAGCUCCUCUUUCACUUCUCUUCUACAGCUGAGAGCCCAGAUCAGGAUGGAAACAAGGAUGCAGACAAUGCUCCAAUGUCAAAGAGACAGUGUGAUAAUGACAAGACAACAAAAUCUCUAACAUGUGAAGUCUGUGGAAAAGCUUUUAGGUAUAAGUCAGAUUUAAUCACGCAUCACAGAACUCACACAGGUGAGAAGCCAUAUUCUUGUGAAACAUGUGGUAAAAGCUUCAGGCAACGGGCCUAUUUGACUGCCCACAUGAGACGUCACACAGGUGAGAAGCUCUAUGUAUGUAAAACCUGCGGAAAAAGCUUUUCUAGCUCAUCACCAUAUUAUAGGCACAUGGCAAUUCACAAAGAGGAAAAACCGUGUUCUUGUGGAAUAUAUGGGAAUUGUUCCUGUCGUCGGAACAACUUGGUGCUCCAUAUGAAAAGUCACACAGCUGAGAAAAGCAUUAAAGUAACGAUGUGUUCAGUUGAUUAUCUGAGAGAGUUGAUCAGGGACAGACUAACUGCUGCUGCUGGAGAAAUAUUCACAGAGUUUGAAAAAACCAUCGUCCAGUACCAGGAGGAGAUCGAUCGUCAGCGCAGACUGCUGGAUGUCAUCUGGAAACCCCACAUCCCCUUACAAUCCAUAGAGCUCCCACAGUCUUAUGUCUGUGAGAAUGAUACGACUCUCGUUGACCAUCAGCACCAUGACCAGGAGAGAAACUCCAUGGUGGACCAUGAGGACCCAGAGCCUCCACUGAUUAAUGACCAGCAGGAGGACCUCUGCACCAGUCUGGACCAAUCAAACCCAGAGCUUCCACAAAUUAAAAUGGAACAGGAUGAACGCUACACCAGUCUGGACCAGUCAAACUCAGGGUUUGCACAAAUUAAAAAUGAACAGGAGAAACUCUGCUACAGUCUGGAGGAAGAGCUACUUGGAUUGAAACAGGAGACUGAUACCUUUGUUGUGACUCCUGCUUAUGAGGAAAGUGACCACAGUGAACCAAAACCAAAUACUGAUCAGCUCCUGUUUCACAUCUCUUGUGCAGCUGAGACCCCAGAUCAGGAAGGAAGCAAGGAUGUAGACUCAGGAUCAACUAGAUGUAUCAAGCUAAAGUCAAGACAUCACAGUACCAGCAGUCACAGUAAUGAUGUAGACAAUGCUCCAGUGUCAGAGAGACAGCAUGAUAAUGACAAGGCAACAAAAUCUCUAACAUGCGAGGUUUGUGGAAAAGCUUUUAGGUAUAAGUCAGAUUUAUCCACACAUCACAGAACCCACACAGGUGAGAAACCAUAUUCUUGUGGAACCUGUGGAAAAUGCUUCAGUCGACGGGCCUAUUUGGCUGACCACAUGAUACGUCACACAGGUGAGAAGCCGUAUGUUUGUAACACCUGUGGAAAAAGAUUUUCUGGCAGAUCAGCACAUUAUAGACACAUGGCAAUUCACAAAGAGGAGAAGCCAUAUUCUUGUGGAACCUGUGGAAAAAGCUUCAGUCAACGGGCCUAUUUGACUGCCCACUUGAGAUAUCACACAGGUGAGAAGCCAUAUUCUUGUGGCACCUGCAGAACAGGCUUCAGUCAACGGACCCAUUUGACUGCCCACAUGAGACGUCACACAGGUGAGAAGCCGUAUUCUUGUGGAAUAUGUGGAAAAUGUUUCUGUCGUCGGGACAACUUGGUGAUUCACAUGAGAAGUCACACAGGUGAGAAGCCGUACUCUUGUAAAACCUGCGGGAAAAAUUUCAGUCAAAGUCGUCGAUUGAAAGCCCACAUGAGAAUCCACACAGGUCAGAAGUCGUGGGUAAACACAUCUAUGGCCAUUCAUUCUCCUAUAGGCACACAUAGCAUUAAAGUAACGAUGUGUUCAGUUGAGCAUCUGAGAGAGUUGAUCAGGGACAGACUAACUGCUGCUGCUGGAGAAAUAUUCACAGAGUUUGAAAAAACCAUCGUCCAGUACCAGGAGGAGAUCGAUCGUCAGCGCAGACUGCUGGAUGUCAUCUGGAAACCCCACAUCCCCUUACAAUCCAUAGAGCUCACACAGUCUUAUGUCUGUGAGAAUGAUACGACUCUCAUUGACCGUCAGCCCCAUGACCAGGAGAGAAACACCAUGGUGGACCAUGAUGACCCAGAGCCUCCACUGAUUAAAGACCAGCAGGAGGAACUCUGCACCAGUCUGGACCAAUCAAACCCAGAGCUUCCACAAAUUAAAAUAGAACAGGAUGAACGCUACACCAGUCUGGACCAGUCAAACCCAGGGUUUUCACAAAUUAAAAAGGAACAGGAGAAACUCUGCUACAGUCUGGAGGAAGAGCUACUUGGAUUGAAACAGGAGACUGAUACCUUUGUAGUGACUCCUGCUUAUGAGGAAAGUGACCACAGUGAACCAAAACUAAUCAGUGCUCAGCUCCUGUUUCACAUCUCUUGUGCAGCUGAGAGCCCAGAUCAGGAAGGAAGCAAGGAUGUAGACUCAGGAUCAACUAGAUGUAUCAAGCUGAAGCCAAGACAUCACAGUACCAGCAGUCACAGCCAUGAUGCAGACAAUGCUGCAACAUCAGGGAGACAGUGUGAUAAUGACAAGGCAACAAAAUCUCUAACAUGCGAGGUCUGUGGAAAAGCUUUUAGGUGUAAGUCAGAUUUAAACACACAUCACAGAACCCACACAGGUGAGAAGCCGUAUUCUUGUGGAACAUGUGGAAAAAGCUUCAAUCGACAGACCCAUUUGAAAAUCCACAUGAGAACCCACACAGGUGAGAAGCCAUAUUCUUGUGGAACGUGUGGAAGAAGAUUUUCUGACAGAUCAUCACUUAAAAGGCACAUGAUGGUUCACGAAGAGGAAAAGCCAUAUUCUUGUGGAACAUGUGGAAAAAGCUUCAAUCAACGGGCCUAUUUGACUGACCACAUGAUACGUCACACAGGUGAGAAGCCAUAUGUUUGUAACACCUGUGGAAAAAGAUUUUCUGGCAGAUCAGCACAUUAUAAACACAUGGCAAUUCACAAAGAGGAAAAGCCAUAUUCUUGUGGAACAUGUGGAAAAAGCUUCAAUCGACAGACCCAUUUGACUGUCCACAUGAGAACCCACACAGGUGAGAAACCAUUUUCUUGUGGAACCUGUGGAAAAAGUUUCAGUCAAAGUCAUCGAUUGAACGCCCACAUGAGAACCCACACAGGUGAGAAGCCAUUUUCUUGUGGAAUAUGUGGAAAAUGUUUCCGUCGUCAGGACAACUUGGUGACUCACGUGAGAAUCCACACAGGUGAGAAGCCGUACUCUUGUAAAACCUGCGGGAAAAGUUUCAGUCAAAGUCAUCGAUUGAACGCCCACAUGAGAACCCACACAGGUGAGAAGCCAUUUUCUUGUGGAAUAUGUGGAAAAUGUUUCCGUCGUCAGGACAACUUGGUGACUCACAUGAGAAUCCACACAGGUGAGAAGUCGUGAUCCUGAAACAUCUGUGGAAAACAUAAAAUCACAACUAAGCUUGAAACAACAUGUAAGAAUUGAUCCAGGUUAAAAGUAGAUCCCUGAAAUUUAAAGCACCUUUCAACAACAAUUGUCACAAAGUGUGUAAGCAAUCCUUGAUGAUUAGACCAGAUGGAGUCUGGACUGUGGUGGUGGUGGAGCAGUCAGAAGAACCAAACUGAAUAUCUGGAUGGAUAUGGUGUUAGUACAGACUGCUAUAUUUCUGAUAUCAUGACAUCUUUCAUCAGCAGAGCAGUGAUUUGAGAUAAUGUGAAGCUGUUUGGAACAUUUUCACAUCCUGCUGAGAGAACAUGGCUGUUCAGGUGUGAACAUACUGCUGGAAUCUACACAGCUUGAGUUCUGUUGUCUUUCAAGUAAAAGGAGGCAACAAGAUACUGAGACGUUGUGACAGUAGGACACAACAGAGUGUCACUGCAGCAGAGGAGAUCUGAAUGUGAAAUAAAGUUGUAAUAAAACAU